CCAACCACACCGCGUCGAUGUCCCCUCCGCCGACCAACACCGCCACACUUCGACACGCAUACCGAGCGCUGCUCAAAGCCUCGCUGGCCGCGGUGCAAUACACGGUACCGGAGCGGUACGUAGUGCGCGACAAGCUUCGCACGGCAUUCCGGUUCACUCCCGCGUCGCACUACAGUCCCCGGCGGAUCCACAACACCCUCGACUUCCUGUGGACCGCCGCCGAGAAGCGCGGCCUCGAACAUAAAAUCGUGAAGAAUCUCUGCGUCGUCCAUUACUACCAGAUGGCUUUCAGGAAGAAGAGGGGUCAGAAUGAAUCCGAGAUGCAAAUCGUCGCCACGGCGUAUCACAGCUACCUCGAGAACCUGGGGCUGCUGAAUGAAAGCAUGGACUUGGAUUUGCGAUGAGAAAGAGGAAAGAUUCUGUAGAAUACGCGUACCUACUCUAAGUAGACGCUCUCCGACACAUCCGUGUGAACACGCCAAGCAAUAUGGUGCUACAGAUAUAUAGAAGUGUUCUGUGAUGACG